GGCGCGGUGCGGGCGAACUGGUUAUCGCCAUGCCGACGGUCAGCGUGAAGCGACAUCUGCUCUUCCAGGCACUGGGCAGGAGCUACACUGAUGAAGAAUUUAACGAGCUUUGCUUUGAAUUUGGCUUGGAGCUUGAUGAAGUUACAUCUGAGAAAGACAUCAUAAGUAAAGAAAAAGGUGAAGAAAAGGCAAAGGGCGCAUCUGAGACUGUUCUCUAUAAAAUUGAUGUUCCUGCCAACCGCUAUGAUCUUCUUUGCCUUGAAGGCUUGGUCCGAGGACUGCAGGUCUUUAAGGGAAGGAUAGACCUGCCGAGGUAUGAAAAGAUCAUACCACCUCAGGGUGAGCUGCAGAGGCUGAUUAUCACCGAAGAGACCGUCCAAGUCAGACCUCAUGCCGUAGCUGCAGUCCUUCGUGAUAUAACUUUCACCCAGGAGCGUUACGACAGUUUCAUUGACCUUCAAGAAAAACUACACCAAAAUAUUUGCAGGAGAAGAGCGUUAGUAGCAAUAGGUACCCAUGACUUGGACACCAUCUCUGGUCCAUUUACUUUUACAGCUAAAGCACCUUCUGAAAUUAAAUUCAAGCCCUUGAAUCAGUCCCAGGAGUACACAGCUUCACAGAUUAUGGAUUUGUACAGGACCGACAGCCACCUUCGGCACUACUUACACCUGAUUGAAAACAAGCCUCUUUACCCUGUCAUCUACGACAGCAACGGAGUUGUCCUGUCCAUGCCACCAAUCAUCAAUGGAGACCACACAAAAAUAAGUGUAAACACCAGAAAUGUGUUCAUUGAAUGUACAGGCACAGAUCUAACAAAGGCAAAAAUUGUCCUUGACACUAUUGUCACGAUGUUUAGUGAAUACUGUGCGAAGCCAUUCACUGUUGAAGCAGCAGAAGUAGUUUAUCCUAACAAGAAGACCCACAUCUACCCGGAACUGGCUUACCGGAAAGAGAAGGUGAAACCUGAACUGAUUAACAAGAGAGUAGGAAUCAGUGAAACUCCAGCGAGCCUUGCAGAGCUGCUGACCAGGAUGUGCUUGAAGUCGCACGUCGUAGGGAACACGCUGGAGAUUGAAAUCCCUCCCACCAGAGCGGACGUUAUCCAUGCCUGUGAUAUUGUAGAAGAUGCAGCAAUAGCUUAUGGUUAUAACAACAUUCAGAUGACUGUUCCCAAAACGUACACCAUAGCUAAUCAACUCCCUGUCAAUAAGCUCACAGAACUUCUGAGGAUGGACUUGGCAGCUGCUGGAUUCACCGAAGCACUCACCUUUGCCCUGUGCUCUCAAGAAGACAUUGCGGAUAAACUUGGCACGGACCUCUCUGCCACAAAAGCAGUGCGCAUAGCAAACCCCAAAACUGCAGAAUUCCAGGUGGCGCGUACAACCCUCCUGCCCGGGCUGCUGAAAACCAUCGCUGCCAACCGAAAGAUGCCCUUGCCUCUCAAGCUCUUCGAGAUCUCCGACAUUGUAGUGAAAGAUCCUAACACAGAUGUAGGUGCAAGAAACUACAGACACUUAGGUGCAGUUUACUACAACAAGAGCCCAGGGUUUGAGAUUAUCCAUGGUCUGCUGGACAGGGUCAUGCAGCUGCUUGAGGUACCACCAAAUGAAGAGAAUGGCUACACGAUCAAGGCAACUGAAGGCUCUGCUUUCUUCCCUGGUCGCUGUGCUGAGAUCUUUGCCAAAGGCCAAAGCAUUGGGAAACUCGGCGUCUUACACCCUGACGUUAUCACCAAGUUUGAGCUCACCAUGCCAUGCUCUGCCCUGGAGAUCAAUAUUGAGCCCUUUGUGUGAAGACAGGACUGUGAUCCUCCUGCAGCCAUCCACUGGCACAUGCAGCACCCUCUGCUCUUUUGUCUUCCUCUGGGAGGGGCAUCCCCUUAAGCUUUUGUACACCAAUAAACUGGAGACACCCUGGGUAGAUGUGUUCCUUGCAGUACCAUUUGGCUGGCCUCUGCGGUGUAGGAAUGUGGCAGCCCAGACCGCACCGU